CAAGUCAGUUGCAAAAAUGAAUUCGUCUCUAGCGUUAGCCGGUUUGCUGCUGUUGGUGCUGGCUGUUUCAGCUAAGCCGCAAGAUGCCAGCACAAAUCUGAGAAAUACUUUGAUGUCAGCCAAUUUUACGAGGCUCGUUGAGGAAAUGGUCAAGUUCGAUUUGGCCGACAGUGUCAGCAAGGCUGGACCCAAAACGAUCUUCGCUCCGAGCAAUCAGGCUUUCCGUGAAAUGAUGAUGGCAAACCGUCCUAUGACCAACAGUACCGAGGCAAUGAUGAAGUUGCUGAGACGAAGCUUCGUCGUCAGUCGCAGAAUUAUGCCGUCCGACAUCACCAACGAGAUGGUCGUUGACACCAUUUCGGGCGAGAAGCUGCGAUUCAACAUCUACAAUAUGGUGAUGACAGUUAACGGUGCCAUCAUGAUGAAAGAUCCUAUCGUGGUCAAAGACGACGUCAUCGUCUACCGCCUCAAUAGCGUCAUUCUCUCCUCAUUCACUAGCGGCCAAAACAUGAUGGCCGUUUUGGAAAUGAACAAGGAUCGCUUCUCCACUCUGAUUCGAUGCAUUCAAGAUACGGGUCUGACUGACACUCUAACGAAAGAUGGUCCGUUCACGCUGUUUGCGCCGACCAAUGAGGCGUUCCGCUCAUUGCCGUCGGAAGCCUUGGCCAGAUUGAUGGCCGCUCCCGCAGAGUUGAAACGCGUUUUGUCAGGUCACGUGACCAAGGGCACUUAUUUCCUGGGCGCUCUGGACUCCAAAGACAGUGGAACUGAUAUGGUGCUGCCCACUCUGGACGGCGGAUCCAACAAGAUUAUGAUCAACGGGCGGAGCAUCAAAGUGGAUGGGACACCAGUUGUUACCAGCGCCGACAACAUCAUGGCCGAGAACGGCGUCAUUCACGCCAUUUCACGUGUUUUGAUGCCUAACUAAGACUACAACCAGCAAAUGAUUGUUAUGACAUUUUCUCAUUCCGUAUGACCAUUUAACUGCUUAGAUAUUUUGUUUUUCUAAUUUCUGUUUUGAAAUCCACCUUGGCAUUGCAAUAAACUACAUUUACUCUCGCA